UGGGACGGAAGGAGUAGUAUACUUGUACUAGCCGCCGCCGGGCGGCGUCCCCCAUCCCCUUCUGCAAGCAAAAACCAAACCGAGCUAGGGUUUUAGGGGGGGAGAGAGAAGCAGACGGAGGCGACAUGGACAACCCCGAGAUGCAGCGAUUCCUUCAGCAAGAGCAGCAAAAGGCGAUGAUGAACGAGAUGGUUGGCAAGCUAACGAGCGUGUGCUGGGACAAAUGCAUCACCAGCGCUCCCGGAAGCAAGUUCAGCUCUGGGGAAUCAACCUGCCUGACCAACUGCGCCCAGAGGUUUCUCGACAUGAGCGUGCUGAUUGCCAAACGCUUUGAGAUGCAGUGAGGCGUCGUCGCACAAAAACUGUUGCCUAGUCAAUCGCCUUAAGUUUUUCCUUUGAUUUGAGGUUCCAUUGAGCACUUGGAACGAUUCAACAGAGAGUUUAAUGUACUUUCUAUAUCUUACUAUCUACUGCCUCGUUGUGCAACUUGUUAAAGUGUGAUUGAGCCGAUUGAAAUUGGAUUUGUACACCUCCUGCUCUGAGUUUAACCGAACGUUUUGGUCAUGCAA